AAUAGUAGUUUAAAUUUACUCCUGAUGAUGGAAGAUUCCAUGGAAUACAAGCUGAUGCUGACUAAAGAAAAGCUGCCUGGGAAGGAUUCGAUGAUGCAAUGGACCAAGGGCCUAGGUGACUUCCUGAUGAAUGUGCUAGCGGCACAAUGGAGGGCCUUCACUUCCGCACCUUUACUAACUGCUCUCAUCUUCUUCGUCAUCGUCACCAUAUCUGAGAAUAUAGGACCUCUUCUACCGCAUAGGAAUACAAGGAUCCCUUCGGUAGAGCUAAAUGUAGAAACCUCAUCCAGCUUCUCCUUCCUCAUUCCAAUCCAUUUCUAUCAGCGAGCUCCGGAUUAA